UGAUUUGUAGCUUUUGCUGAUUCCCAUGAUGUAAAUUCUCUCACCACAGUUGAUUUCAAGUUACCAACAUGACGUCACUGAAUGUGAAGUUGGGAAGAGAUGUGCAGUAGCAGGCCACUGCAUAGUUAUUUUCACUAUAUAAAUCCAAUAGACGUAGAGAGGGGAGGGUAUAGCUCAGCGGCAGAGUGCACGCUUUGCAUGCACCAGGUCCUGGUUUUGGUCCCCAGUAUCUCCAGUAAACAAAUAAAUAAUUAAGUAAAUAAGCCUAAUUACCACCCCCAACACACACACACAAAUCCAAUAGAAUGUAAAUAACCUGAAAAGCAUGGAUAAUAGCAAAAUGUAGUAAAACAAUUAGGAAACUACUUUUGGGGUAAUAAUUUGGCUAUAAAUUUAUAAAACACAUAUAUGUUUAUAUAUAAUUAUACAUGUGUAAGUUUAUAUAUAUGUAUACAUAAUAUAUAUAUGUAAUAUUUUAGUGCAUGUGUUUAAAACCAGUUGGCAAAAUUCCCCCAAAAUGAACAAUCUGCUCUCAUGAGCCAAUGUGAGCCAGCUUCAGGACACCACUGCACCCAUCCCUCCAUCUUUUCAGCCCUUUCAGUUUCUCUUGACUCCCUCCCACCGUCACACCCCUCAUUUAGGCCUCAUAAUUCCUUCCCUGGACUAUCGCCACAGCCUCCUACCCAGGGCUUCAGCUUACGGUCUUCUGUAACUUUCUCUUCCUUCUUAUGCUGACACCAGAGAGAUCUCAAACUUGACAACCUUGUGCUUCCAUUCCAGAAACAUCCACAGCACCCCCUUUGCUUAUGAGAAAGAGUUGCAACAUCCCAGCCCUUCUCUUUCUGCCUCUGCUGAUCCUUCCCAUCUCACCUCCCACAUCCCCCUUCCCCCAUGAAACUCCCUCUACACCCCACCAUUCCCUGAAGUCCUGUGGGUCCCACCUUCCUGCUGUCAUUUAUAUGGUCCCCCCCCAGAGUGCCCUCCUCCCACGCCCUGCUCUUCCUGUUGUCCUUCAAAGAGGUCAAAUGCCAUCUUCUCAGUGAAAGCUUCCCAGAUCCACCUUUUAGCAGUACCUGUCCCUCCCCCAUACCAACAUAACUCUCCUUGUACCUUUAUUACAUCACCACACACCUCCUGCCUUGGUUAGAAGUAGCUGUCUGCACAUCUGUCUCCCUCCCAGACUGUGAAGUUCUUGCCGGCAAAAUUCAGCAGUUGAUGACCUACACCUACCAUGUGCCAGGCAGUGUGCUAGGCCUGGAGGAUGAAAAAAAAAUUCAGUAAGAACUAAUCCCAGCCCUCAAAAGCUCUCAAUCUUGUAGAAGAGAUAAGACAGGAACAUAAACAAAUAUUAGUCCAAUAUCCCUAUACCAGUUGAGACAAAAAGGUGACCUUUCCUGGUGGGUGGAGUGGGUAGAGAAGAAUUCAUGGCAGAGGUGGCAUUUGACCUGGGUCACUCAGACAGUUGUCCCAAACUGGCCACUGUCCUCUUUUCUGACCCCCUUUACCACUCUCUGAACCUGAUGCCGGUGCAUCCUUGACCCAAUUCUGAUAUCCCUCCUUGAUAUUGUCUGCCUGGCCCUCAAUAUGCCGGGUGGGGCAUCCUCAUGCCCAGCUGUGUCCAUGCCAGGAUCCCAGAGGAGAGCCAGCCACCCAGCAAGCAGGUGAAGCCACUCUUCCGCCACUUCCGUCGGAUAGACUCCUGCCUGCAGACCCGCGUGGCCUUCCGGGGUUCCGAUGAGAUCUUCUGCCGGGUCUACAUGCCUGACCACUCUUAUGUGACCAUACGCAGCCGCCUCUCAGCAUCUGUGCAGGACAUUCUGGGCUCUGUGACAGAGAAAUUGCAGUAUUCAGAGGAGCCUGCAGGGCGCGAGGAUUCCCUCAUCCUGGUAGCUGUGGCCUCCUCAGGAGAGAAGGUCCUUCUCCAGCCAACCGAAGACUGUGUCUUCACCACGCUGGGCAUCAACAGCCACCUGUUCGCCUGCACCCGAGACAGCUAUGAGGCCCUGGUGCCUCUCCCGGAGGAGAUUCAGGUCUCCCCUGGAGACACAGAGAUCCACCGAGGGGAGCCUGAGGACGUUGCCAACCACCUUACGGCCUUCCACUGGGAGCUGUUCCGCUGUGUGCACGAGCUGGAAUUCGUGGACUACGUGUUCCACGGGGAGCGCGGCCGCCGGGAGACGGCCAACCUGGAGCUGCUGCUGCAGCGCUGCAGCGAGGUCACGCACUGGGUGGCCACCGAGGUGCUGCUCUGCGAGGCCCCGGGCAAGCGCGCGCAGCUGCUCAAGAAGUUCAUCAAGAUCGCGGCCAUCUGCAAGCAGAACCAGGACCUGCUGUCCUUCUACGCCGUGGUCAUGGGGCUGGACAACGCCGCGGUCAGUCGCCUGAGGCUCACCUGGGAGAAGCUGCCAGGGAAAUUCAAGAACUUGUUCCGCAAAUUUGAGAACCUGACAGACCCCUGCAGGAACCACAAAAGUUACCGAGAAGUGAUCUCCAAGAUGAAGCCCCCUGUGAUUCCUUUCGUGCCUCUGAUCCUCAAAGACCUGACUUUCCUGCACGAGGGGAGUAAGACCCUUGUAGAUGGUUUGGUGAACAUUGAGAAGCUGCAUUCAGUGGCGGAGAAGGUGAGGACAGUCCGCAAAUACCGGAGCCGGCCCCUCUGCCUUGAAAUGGAGGCGUCCCCCCAUCACCUGCAGACCAAGGCCUAUGUGCGCCAGUUCCAGGUCAUUGACAACCAGAACCUCCUCUUCGAGCUUUCCUACAAGCUGGAGGCCAAUAGUCAGUGAGCACAGAGGCUCUGGUCAGCCCCUCACCAGGGUCCUCGGGCACCUGGUACUCAAGCACUUUGCACGACAUCCCAAGCCACGUCUGACAUCUUCCCCUGGGAGCAACUUCCUGCCCCCAAGGGAAAGAGUUGGGUGGACUUACUCCUGGACUCAUAAGCCUGUUCAUCCUGCUGAAGUACUCUCCCCCUUGCUCCUUCAAACCAAGCCACCCUGCUGGUUCUGCCCUCCCUGGGGAAAGGGGCCGCAGAGCUCCUUCCUCUGGCCCCUCCCAGCGAGAUCUAUUCUGGAGAUGCAGCUCCCAGCCAACCUCCUCUUCCCAAGCAGGCCGGAGAGCUGCCCACCCUCCCAUCUUGCAGAGCGGAAUUGUGGGAGGGAUUGGCAGCCUUCCUGUCCACCACCUCCCCAGCUUCUCCCUAGUCUGGGAUGGGACCCCUAGAUGGAUUCCUGAAUAUCACAUGCCCUUGUGCGUGCGUGCGUGCGUGCGUGAGUGUGCCCCCUUUUGAAGAGCAGGAAGGUAUCUGGUCAUUGAGGGAAGGUGUGUGUGUGUGCUGGGGAGGGGGGUCCUUCUGUUUGGUGCUACCCUUGUCUACUCUGGUCCUGGGAUAGUACGGGGUGCUUUCCCUACCCCCACCACUCCCUGCCCACCGCCUCUGCUGCCCUACACACCCAGACGUGUGGACGAAGCUGCUCAUGAGGGCAAGGAGCAGCAGCGGGAAGGAAGCCCUUCCAAGUCCCCCACUCAGGCCUCCCAGAGCUCCCUGGGUGGGCUCCGAUGAGAGGAAAGAUGCUCAGGGAAACACAGGACGAAGCUGCCCACAGGACCCUCCCUCUGCAUUGCAGUGGGGUGAGGUGUGGUAUGAUCAGGAGUUCCGGGUGCCUGCUGCCCAGACUCCUGCUUUUAGGGUGUCUCACUACUAAGAAGGGAGUUGUCUUCUCCCUUCUGGCUCUUCUGUGGGAUACCAACACACAGUCUCCAUCUUUUCCCUGUCUUGACUCCCCUUUGGUCCUUCCCAUCAGAGCUGGGGUGGACCCCUGUACCCGGGCAAGCAGCUCCAAAAAGUGGGGGAGGGAAUGGCAGAGACUGGAAAGGCAAAACUGGACUCUGGUGAUGCCUGUUACGUCUCGGUCUCCCCUCCGUCUCCCAUCACAGGCCUCCAGGACUGAGGGGCGCGGGGGCUCCUGGCAGCUACGGGGUGAGAUUUCCUUGUAUAGCCUCACCCUCCUUUCUGGCACCACCUCUUCCCCUUCUGAAGAGGCAGCAGCUGCUGCCGCCAAAGCAGCUGCUGCUCCUGCUCUGAGGGUGUAUAUAUUUUUUACCAAAAGCUCUGAAAUUGUACACUUAUUUUUUAAAACCCAAAGAGGGAAAGAGCCUUGUAUCAUAUGUAAACAGUGUAUCAUAGGUUAUGUUGUACAGUCCCUUUUAUACAGCGGUCCCUCGUGUUCCAGCCGCAGAAAAUGUCGGCGGAUUCCCCGCCCCCAACCCAUCCACAGGCGCUGUGUCCCACCCCUGCCACCCCUUAAAGACGAUGACCGUGCUCCCUCCGGCUCCCUGCCUCCUUCCUGCUACUGCUGAUGGCCCUCCUCUCCUUGCAGCCGCCCUUCCUCCUGACCCCUCUUGCACUCCAGCCCUCACCGCCCUCCGCACCCUGGGGCCCACUGGGCCAGUCUUGGCUGCUGCCCGCCCCUCCCUUGACGCCUGCCCAGCUGCCUCCCAGGGGCCUCCCGGACCCUUCCCAUGCCCCACAGCUUUAACAGAGUGAACUGUGUGUACUGUACAGGCGCGCUUGCCAUGGCAGAGCCUCCUGGUGGAGUAAAAGCCCAUAAAGUCUAUGAAUCCAC